UCCGUUUGCUCAUGGAAAAAACACAGCCCUCAAGAUUUCUCGGAAGCCCUUUGAGGCUCUCAAGUAUUAGCAUUUACUAACAGAGCGAGGAGCCACACUCGGCCUAAAAGCAGCCAGUGAAGCCGAGUUGCUCGAAAAAUUACACCCAAGUGUCGGUGUUAGUAUUUUAUAAAGGUAAACAUAUUUUGUAGCCCGUUAGCAAAGCGACUUCCUCUUGUGUCUAUAAGGAGCAGAUGCUUCGUUAGCUGUCUAAGGCUGGAUUAUAACGCCACUUAAAAGGCGUUUACAAGUUUGACAGCUUGGAAGUUGAUUAUGGUAAUUGAUACCAACUGGUGAGAAGCAUGGAGCUGUACUGGUACAUAGUCGUCAUAAUAUUUAUUAUGAUUAAGAUCUUCUUCUACAUCUGCUGGUAUCGCUCAAGGCAAAGACAGCUGGCUGCAUACCUAAGCAAUCCCCGAAACGCUCAGAUCGUCAUUGUUGGAGGACGAGCGUACCUGCACCAGAUCUGUGAGAGACAAAAUACAUCAAUCUGGCCCAGCUGGUACGGAGUUCAGGACGACGGCUCGGUGGGCGAACCCUCUGCCUCUCUUCCACCAUCAUCCUCGCUUUCUCAUCUGGACAUGCCUCCUCCAUACGAGGCCGUGUCUGGAGCAAAUGACCUGAAGCCUCCACCGUACAGUGAGUACGCUCAAAACGACGACACUGACGCAUCCCUGAGCAUCGCCAUCCCGGACAGCAACGAUUCCAGUGGAAUUAGUGAUGCCCCGCCCCCUUACACGCCCAGCAUCACCUCUCCAGCCAAUCAGCAAGUAGAUAGCCACAGUCAAUCACAGCCAGAGGGAAGCUCAAGUUAGACUUCUCUCAUUAUAGAAACACAACAAAGGCUAAACAACAGCUUUAGCCCCUCUAGGGUCUUGUUUUUCCAUCUGGACUUAUUUUCUUCUCAAGCAAAUUAUACAAAGAAAAAAGAUUUCACAUUGGCGGUGGAUCUUGCUCAUUCUCUUGACAUGAGAGAAUUUGGAUAGUGCACAAUAUGCAGUAUAAAGAAUGAGACUGGCCUGAUGCCAUCUCCUGGCAGAGUCGAGCACUGCUCUGCCCACGCUGGUGUACCGGUGCUUUCAGUUCACCCAUGCCUUAUGCUCAUUUCCUCCAGCAACAUCACAGCGCAUAGCCAUACGACAGACGCAGCCAUUUCGAUAUUUUAAACAAUCACUUUCACCGUCAUUUCUUUGCAGUAGUGUUGAAGACUAAUGCCGUGAACACGUGUGGCUGCUUGAGGAACUGUAAAUAGGCUAGUGGGUUGACUGGUGCCAAGCGGCAAGCACGUUUCGCUUAGACAAUGUUGUUGACACAUUUCUUGCUUUCUUAUUUUUCUCUCUAAAGUCCCAAAGGGAGACGUUAAAGGGAUAGUUCACAUAAAAAUGAAAGAAAUAGUUCAGCCAAAAAUGAAAAUUUACUCACCCUCAGACCAUCUGAGAUGUAGAUUUAGCAUUACAUCACUUGCUCACCAAUGGAUCCUCUGUAGUGAAUGGGUGCCGUCAGAAUGAGAGUGCAAACAGCUGAUAAAAACAUAAUCAUGUACAAGCAUUUCACACAACUCCAGUCUAUCAAUGUCUUGUAAAGUGAAAAGCUGCAUGUUUUACACGACGAAAACACAAGUCCUCUAUCCAUAAAAUUGUUUUCUGCGGUGAAAAAGUUGUCUUGUCUGAAUCAAGAGAGAAAUAUGCACAGAUCAAGCUGCAUUUACAUGCAAAAGCAGUUCUAAAGCCUCGUUCAGACUGUCAGCCCAAAUCCGAUUUUGUGCAUAUCCGGAUGGAAUCUGAUUUGAAUAACUGACUGUGCACACAGCGUAUCGCAACUGUUCAUAUCCGAUUUGUGUGUCCAUAAGCGUUUUUACUGAAUGUGCAUUGUUUUCUAUGGUUAUGCCUGCGCUAAAAACAACAGUAACAGCAAUACAUAUGUUGUCUUACCGUCGCGGUUGCGCUGUAGUAUUAUAUUUUGUCUUGUGAGGCAGCGGCAGAAACGCAGGAAGCUUGAAUGUGCGGCUUUAGUCCAUGCUGCUGUCUCCGCUACUUUCUUUUUUGUUUGUUUUUUUGUCUCCGCUACUCCGCUCAAAACACAAAGAGGUAGGCUACGUAUACUAGCAGUAUAUAUACCUCUUUUUUAGUACAGUAUACAGGAAUUAUUAUUCCCCCCCGCUUGACUUGCACUUCACAACGACACAAGCUUGUCUCUGCAAAGAUGUUCAGCAUGUUUUCUGCAAAAACGUCGGACGCGUGGUGCGAGGACAUGAAAAAGCUAUAGGCUAAAUCCGAUCUGACCGUUCAGACUGAAACGGAUUUCCAGAAAUGCGAUUUGAAUAGGAUUCCAAACCACAUAGGAAUGUAGCUCGAAAUAGAUUUGCACAAAUCAGAUUUCAUGUAGCCUAGUUCGUUGCCGUUCAGACUAUUUAAAUAUGAUGGAAUUUCAAUCGGAUUUGCACAAAAAUCGGAUUUAGGCUGACAGUCUGAACGAGACUUAAAUUAAUAUUGUGAUGUUUUUAAUCAGCUGUUUAGACUUUAAUUCUGACGGCACCCAUUCACUGCAGAGCAAGUGAUGUAAUGCAAAAUUUCUCUAAAUCUGUUCCAAUGGAGAGAAAAACUCCACAUCUUGGAUGUCCCAAGGGUGAAUAAAUUUUCUGCAAAUUUUCAUUUUUAGGUGAACUAUUCUUUCAAUAUUCUGUCAUCAUUUACUCACUCUCAUGUAAUUUCAAACCUGUAUGGCAUUUUCUUCCAUGGAAGUCGGUGGUAAUGUUUGCUUACCAACAUUCUUCAAAAUAUCUUUUUAUGUUACAGAGCAGAAAGUAAGUCAUACAGUGUGUCUUUUGGAUUGACAUAAGGUUGUGUAAAUGACAGAAUUUAGAUUCUUGGCUGAACUGUCUUUUUAAAGUAUAGAGGUCUAGCCUCAGGUUUAUUUAUAAACUCAGUUUAUAUGUGAUGACAAUUAAAAAAAGAAAAACAUUUGCCCUGAAGCACUUUUAAUGUGUUGUAAUUGCCUUAAUUCCGUCUGUUGGUAAGUGUCCAAUAUUCCCGAAUCAACCAGAGCCGGUGUGGAUUUUUUGGCUUAUGGUUAUGACUCGUGUAAAUGUGCGCAGUCCUACUCUGUGUUGUAUUGCUUAUCAGGUUAACUGUAAUACACUGAUGCAUUUGAGAUCACGGUGCCCUUAACAAUUUCUGCUAACCGAAAUAUACCUUUUCGCGUGUGUGUGCGCGCGUGUGUGUGUGUGUGUUAAGGCAUAUGUUAAGUGUGUGAAAGAUUCAAACAGAACUUCCUCGUGAAAAUGUUUAUGUGCUUUGGUAAGCGCAUGAAGUCAUCUCUGUGCAACUGUCGAUAUAUCAGGUUCACAUAAUGGGAUCAAUUUUUUUGUAUUAAAAAAAAAAAAAGUCCACAUGAAAGGAUGUGAUCCAAGUGUGCUUUUAGAAUAUGUGUGUAGUUCUGUUCCUUUCCCCCAGAUCGCCCCGGUCCUUCACUAUAUAAUUUCAUUUAAUCAUAAUUUGAUUUAAAAUGCUAAUCCUGCAACAUGUAUUCUCAUUUAAACUGAAGUACUGUAUAUGCUAUUUUUGUAUUUAUGGAAAAACCCUUUGAAUCUCUUUCAAAAUAAAGAUUGGUGAAAUGUG